AAUGCCUCUUGUGCCGGAAGAACUCUGCCUUCUCUUCCAGCCCAUCCCCCACCUCACAAAAACAUGUUCGCCUCGCUCCUGCUCCUCGCUGCCCCUGCGUCGGCUGCCGUCUUCGCGGCCCGCCCGGCCAACUCGACGGUCGCCAUCGCCGGCCAGCCGUUCGAGCUCAAGUGGAUCGACGACGGCCAGAAGCCCACCCUCGCCGAGAUGGGCCCCACGGACAUCGACCUCUGCGUCGGCACCAAGGAGCAGCACGUGUGCAUCCAGAAGGUCGUCGAGGACUACGACAUGACCCAGAACAAGACCACCUUCACCCCCGACCCCAGCCUCGGCGAGGACGGCCAGUACUACCUCUUCAAGUACACCGCCGGGAACCAGUACGAGGGCAAGGUGUUCGAGGACUUCUCCGCACGCUUCUUCAUCCAGGGCAUGAAGGGUGACUUCAACGCCCAGGCCGACGCCGCGAUCGCGUCCGUCCAGACCGCGCCUUGGCCCACCGCUAGCGCCAACCCCCACUCGGCGCAGCCCCCUCCCUCGACCGCCGCCGCUGCCGGCGCCGCCUCGUCGUCCAGCUCGGGCGCCAUGGCCGUUGCUGCCCCAGCCCUUGCCGUUGUCGUCGCUGCCGGCGCCGCUGCCCUUUUCUAAGUCUGUAGCAUGUUAACGUAGUCAGUAGUUUUUGAUGCUAAGGGAUGACAUGGG